AUGCUCAAGACGAAAAGCAAACUACUACUAAGAUAUGCUAGUACAGGUACCAAAAACUCAUCUACAUUACUAAGAGCUCAAUUAGAUCUCAAUAAUAUAACAACCAGAUCAGAAGAGUAUAAAUCAUCGAUCAAAAGAAGACAAUUACCAAAUUCAUUAAUUCAAGAUAUUGAUUUUAUUACUAAAAAUCGACCUAUACUAUCUCAAACCUAUACCAAAAUUAACACAUUAAAGAGGGAAAGAAAUGAACUAGCUGAUAAAAUUAAAAACAAAGAUGAGAAUUCCGAAGUGCUAAAGAAUAGACUUAAAGACAUCAAAAAUGAAAUGAAACCUAUGGAAAAAUUUGUAAAAGAAUUGCAAGAGGAGUUGUACAGUAAAGCUGAAGCUCUACCUAAUUUACUUGAUGACUCUGUACCUCAAUCAGAAACUCAAGAAGAGCUAGUGGCCUAUAUAAAUACAUCUCCUGAAGAAGCGUCAUCUUUCAAUAAAAGCGACUCUAAGAGAGAUCAUAAAUCAAUUGGUGAAAGAUUUGGAAUAGUUGAUUUUACAACCGCAUCAAGAAUUGCUGGAUCAUCAUGGUAUUAUUUAAUAGGUGACGGUGCAUUGUUGGAGCAAGCUUUGAUCCAAUAUGGCUUAAGUAAAGCACGUUCAAUUGGAUAUAAAAUGAUAACACCACCCUCAAUCGUCAAAUCUGAAAUAAUAAAUGCAUGUGGAUUUAAACCUAAUGAUCAAAAUAACGAGAAACAAAUUUAUCAGAUUGAAAAUGAACCAAGAGCAUUAACAGGUACUGCAGAAAUUCCAUUGGGUGCAUAUCAUUCAUCAACUAUUUUUUCAUCUAAUACAAAAUUUCCAUUAAAAUAUAUUGGUAUUUCUAGAGCAUAUAGAGCAGAAGCAGGAGCAAGUGGGAAAGAUACCAAAGGAUUAUAUAGAGUUCACGAAUUCACUAAACUUGAAUUAUUUCAUUUUACCACUAUGGAAAAAUCAAAAGAAGAACUUGAAGAAAUUAAAGAUUUUCAAUUACAAAUAAUCAAAGAAUUAGGAUUAAAAGCUCGAUUAUUAAAUAUGCCAACUUCCGAUCUAGGCUCACCAGCUAUGAAGAAAUAUGAUAUUGAAGCUUGGAUGCCAGGUAGAGGAUCAUGGGGUGAGUUAACAAGUUCAUCUAAUUGUGGAGACUAUCAAUCAAGAAGGUUGGGGAUAAGAUACAAUGUAUCUGAUGAAAAAAUUGGUCAUGUUGCUACACUAAAUGGUACUUGUAUGGCUAUACCAAGAGUGAUCGUUGCUAUUAUUGAACAAUUUUAUGAUCCAGAGUUGGAUAUUAUCAAAAUUCCUGAAGUGCUUAGACCAUACAUGGAUGGUAAAGAUGUAAUUACAAAGAACACAUAG